CAUAAACGACGUCGUCGACCUUCGACCACUUCAACUUCGAACUUUCACACUUCGACUACUUCCUGUUCGUUAACGGCAUGUUCUGCGUUGAGCGGAACGAAGACGAAAUUAUAUUGUGGUCCACUUAUUAAUCUACAAACAUGGCUCGAAAUGCAGAGAAGGCCAUGACGGCCUUGGCCAGAUUUCGACAAGCCCAGCUGGAGGAGGGCAAAGUCAAGGAAAGGAGACCAUUUCUUGCAUCUGAGUGCAGUGAGUUGCCAAAAGCAGAGAAGUGGAGGCGACAGAUCAUCAGUGAGAUUUCCAAGAAGGUCGCACAAAUUCAAAAUGCUGGUUUGGGUGAAUUUAAGAUCCGAGAUUUGAAUGACGAAAUCAACAAGUUGCUUCGAGAGAAGGGACACUGGGAGGUUCGAAUCAAGGAGCUGGGUGGACCUGACUAUGGGAGGGUUGGACCAAAAAUGUUGGACCAUGAGGGGAAAGAGGUGCCAGGGAACCGAGGGUAUAAAUAUUUUGGCGCCGCGAAGGACCUGCCCGGAGUGAGAGAGCUAUUUGAGAAAGAGCCAAUCCCUCCUCCAAGAAAGACUCGGGCUGAGCUCAUGAAGGACAUUGAUGCAGAGUACUACGGCUACAGAGAUGAGGACGAUGGUGUCCUGGUACCUCUGGAGCAGGAAUAUGAGAAACACGUCAUAGCAGAGGCUGUGGAGAAAUGGAAAGCUGAGAGAGAGGCACGGCUAGCCGGUGAUGGAGGAGGAGAGAAAGAGGAGGAAGAGGAGGAGGAAUACAUCUAUGCUGUCCAGGAUGAAGAGCAGUCUGAUGAAGAGAUGAGGGAUGCCACAGAGGGAGGGGAAGGAGCCCAGACAUUCAUCGCCCACGUCCCUGUGCCGUCACAGAAAGAGAUCGAAGAAGCCUUGGUCAGAAGGAAGAAGAUGGAGCUGUUGCAGAAAUACGCCAGCGAAACUCUAAUGGCACAGAGUGAAGAAGCCAAAACACUGCUCGGGUUGUAGCUGAAGCAGGCUGCUGCUCGGGGUGUAAACAAGUGUUCUCUGGAAAAGCAUCCUCCCAAGGAAUGAAGUGACAUACAUAUGCUUUUUCUGCAAGUGAACCAAAAUGAGAUUGUGACUUCUUUUGGUUCCAAGUCAUGUCCUUCCUCAUUAGAAUUCAUCAUCUCAUUAUACCACGGAGGUGAUAUGUCUGUACAUACCUGGUCUUUGUAAUAUUUUUUAUUCAAAUUUUGACAGUAAACUAUUUUCUAAAAAAGUGUUCUUUUCAUUUGUCUAAUUAAAUGCCUAUGUUGGCUGUUCUUG